AUGAAGCAGGUUCAAACUUUUUCUCUGAAUCAAAGCCUUAAUAUGACUUAGAACAGGCCAGGCUAAUUGCCCCCUCUAUACUAAAGCCAAGAGUCUACAGAAAUAUUUUAGAUUGAUAAGUUCAUUUCAGAGGGUGUAGAUCACUAUCGAAACCUAUUUUCAUUUAUGAUAGAGUCAAUAAACUAAUAAGUUAUUGAUAAUCAAAAGAUAAUUGGGAAAUUUUUCUAUAGAUUCCAUGUAUCAGAUGAUCUUACCAUUGGAGAACUCUCUGAGAUUAUCAAAUUCAAAAUUAAUUCGAAGAUUAGAGAAGAGGAGGAAAAGCUAAGCUAGAAAGAGAGAAUCAUAUUUUUCAAUAACAGAUUAUCUUGCAGUGAAACGCUUGAACUUAAAGAGGUUUAUGAUAAGAUGCGAGAAAGUGAUGGAUGGUUGUAUAUGGAUUUUCUAAUUGAAGUAAUUAACGGAUGA